GUCCACCAAGGACCCCGGGUCCAGGGUCUGUGCAGCCCCCCAGCCCCCGGCCCGGGAGGAGUCCACCCGUGCUUCUCCCGGGCGCCAGCAGGAGGCGCCAGCGGCAAGCGGCGGUGCACGCACCCGCGGGGAGCCGGCCCAGGGGGCGGAGAGGCGCCGAGAGGAGGAGGAGGAGGAGCCGGAGGGGGCGCGGCUUCCUCGGCGUCCCUGUGAGGAGCCGGGUCGCCUUCUCCGCCGGGCCGAGGGCGGCGGCCGGCGGGGGGUCGCGGCGGCGGUCCCGGGGGGCGCUGGCGGGCCGCGGGCGGCGGACGCUGCCUCGGCUGAGGCUGUGAGGAGACAAGAUGGCGGUGGCGGCGGUCAGGAAGCCGGUCUCCUCCUCCUCCUCGUCGUCGUCGUCGUCGUCGCGCUCCUCCGCCCCGCCGCUCGCCGCCUCCUCCUCCUCCUCCUCCUGGGUCUCCUCCUCCCGGUUCGCUGCCUCCUGCUCCUCCUCCUCCUCCUGCGGCAGCACUAACGACCGCCGAAACGCCGGCCCGCUGUCCCGGGGCUGCGGAGGGGGCUAGACGGGGCGGCUGCAGGCUCCGGGGACCGAGGCCGAGCUGGGGCCGGGGCGGGGACGACGGCGGCGGCGGCGGCGGCGGCGCCGGGUGGGGAUGGGGUCGCAGACGCUGCAGAUCCUCCGGCAGGGGGUGUGGGCCGCGCUCAGCGGGGGCUGGUACUACGACCCGCACCAGGCCACCUUCGUGAACGCGCUGCACCUCUACCUGUGGCUCUUUCUGCUCGGCCUGCCCUUCACCCUCUACAUGGCCCUUCCUUCUUCCAUGAUUAUAGUCGCAGUUUAUUGUCCUGUAAUAGCUGCUGUAUUCAUUGUUCUGAAGAUGGUCAACUAUCGACUGCACAGAGCGCUCGAUGCUGGAGAAGUUGUAGACAGGAGUACAAAUGAGUUCACAGGUCAGCGAGCCCAAGCUGAACAGGGCAACUGUUCAACCAGGAGAAAAGACAGCAAUGGCCCCAGUGAUCCUGGUGGAGGGAUUGAAAUGUCUGAGUUCAUUCGAGAAGCCACACCCCCAGUUGGUUGCAGCUCAAGAAAUUCUUACGCCGGUCUAGAUCCAAGCAAUCAGAUUGGAUCUGGUUCUCGUCUUGGAACAGCAGCAACCAUUAAAGGAGAUACAGACCCUGCGAAGACUUCUGAUGAUAUCAGUUUAAGUCUGGGACAGAGUUCUAGUCUUUGUAAAGAAGGAAGUGAAGAACAAGAUUUGGCAGCUGAUCGGAAGCUCUUCCGUCUGGUCUCCAAUGACUCCUUCAUCUCCAUUCAACCUUCCUUAUCCUCUUGUGGACAGGACCUGCCCAGGGACUUCAGUGACAAAGUGAGCUUGCCAAGUCACAGCCACCACCACCAUGUUGAUCAGUCUCUGUCCAGCGCCUGUGACACAGAAAUGGCUUCGCUUGUACCUUUACAUUCACACUCUUACAGGAAGGACCACCGACCUCGAGGAGUGCCACGGACUUCCAGCUCAGCUGUGGCUUUUCCAGACUCUUCGCUGAAUGACUUCCCUCUCUAUCAACAAAGACGUGGUCUAGACCCAGUUAGUGAGUUAGAAUCUUCCAAGCCUCAUUCUGGAUCCAAAGAAUCUUUGGUGGAAAAUUCUUGUUUAUCUGGGGAGUUUCGGCUUACUUCUGACCUAAAAAUCAGCAGUUCUCAGCCACCCACAAAAAGUGGGAAGAGCAAACCUUUGAAGGCAGACAAAAGUGUGGACAGCUUGAGGAGUCUGAGCACACGGAGUAGUGGGUCCACUGAGAGCUAUUGCAGUGGGACGGACCGUGACACCAAUAGUACUGUCAGCAGCUACAAAAGUGAGCAGACUAGCUCCACACACAUAGAAAGCAUCUUGUCAGAACAUGACGAGUCUCCAAAAAUAAGCAAGAAGAGUAGUAGGAAAAAAGAGUGCUGUGCUGAUCCUGAGAACAGCUGUGCCGGUGACCAAAGGACUAGCAGGGACACGGCUGCCUUGGAAGUCAGUGCAGAUCCUGGGGCUCCCGAGGCCAGGGAGCCUGCGAGCUCAGAGGAGGUGCACAACCAGAGAGCGCUCAGCACGUCUGCGUCUGAAGAAGCCAACAAAAACCCCCAUGCCAAUGAAGUUACGUCACCAGAGGAUAGGCCAGUGGAGAAAACUGUGGACAACAAGGAGGAACAGAGUGAAAAGCCAGUGAUUCCAGUGGAUUCAAAAAUUUGUAAGGAUGCUGGUGGAAAGCAGAAGGAAGGGGAUGUGCGACCUAAAUCCUCCAGCUUAAUUUACCGGACAGCUUCUGCCCACAAGUCAGGCAGGAGACGGACAGGAAAGAAACGGGCCAGCAGUUUUGACUCCAGUCGGCAUAGGGACUACAUUUCCUUUCGAGGUGUUUCUGGUACCAAACCUCAUAGUGCUGUAUUUUGUCAUGAUGAGGACUCUAGUGAUCAGAGUGACCUGAGUAGAGCGUCAAGUGUUCAGUCUGCUCACCAGUUCAGCAGCGAUAGCUCUUCUAGCACCACUUCUCAUUCGCGUCAGUCUCCUGAGGGCAGGUACAGUGCUCUAAAGACCAAACAUGUCCACAAAGAAAGGGGCACGGAUUCUGAACACACACACAAGGCUCAUCUGGGUCCUGAGGGAGCUGGCAAAAAGCGGGCCACACGACGGACUUCCAGCACCAGUAGUGCUAAGACUCGGGCCCGUGUGUUGAGCUUGGACAGUGGCACGGUAGCAUGCUUGAAUGACUCAAAUAGACUCAUGGCCCCUGAAAGUAUAAAACCCUUAACAACUUCCAAAUCAGACCUUGAGGCCAAAGAGGGAGAGGUGCUAGAUGAGCUAUCUUUACUGGGCCGGGCUUCGCAGUUAGAGACAGUCACGCGGUCUAGGAAUAGCUUGCCAAGCCAGGCUGCAUUUCCUGAAGGGGAAGAGCAAGACGCAGCCAGUGGAGCAGCACAGGCCAGCGAGGAGGCGGUGUCAUUUCGCCGUGAACGCAGCACAUUUAGGCGCCAGGCAGUGCGGCGCCGGCACAAUGCAGGCAGUAACCCUACCCCUCCCACCUUGCUCAUCGGAUCACCCCUAAGCCUUCAAGAUGGUCAGCAAAGCCAGCAGUCCACAGCCCAGGUCAAAGUCCAGUCCCGUCCCCCUUCCCAGGCUGCAGUGCUCAGUGCUAGUGCCUCCUUGCUGGUGAGAAAUGGGAGUGUCCACUUAGAAGCAUCACAUGACAAUGCAUCUACUGUAGGCGGUAGCAGUUUGCACGAUGAACUUGGUAAGUUCUCUUCCACUCUAUAUGAGACUGGUGGAUGUGAUAUGUCACUUGUGAAUUUUGAACCAGCAGCAAGAAGAGCAUCUAAUAUCUGUGACACGGAUUCUCAUGUAUCCAGUUCUACCUCAGUUCGCUUUUAUCCACAUGAUGUGCUUUCUCUCCCACAGAUUCGACUGAAUAGACUGUUGACCAUCGAUACAGAUUUAUUGGAGCAACAGGACAUUGAUCUAAGCCCUGACUUGGCAAACACUUAUGGCCAAACAGAAGAAGCUGCCCAAAAGGUUAAACACUAUUACCGCUUUUGGAUCCUGCCUCAGCUGUGGAUUGGCAUUAAUUUUGACAGACUCACACUUUUGGCCCUGUUUGAUAGAAAUCGUGAGAUCCUGGAAAAUGUGCUGGCUGUCAUUCUGGCGAUUCUUGUGGCUUUUUUGGGAUCUGUUCUUCUCAUACAAGGCUUCUUCAGAGAUAUUUGGGUCUUCCAGUUCUGCCUGGUAAUAGCCAGCUGUCAGUACUCACUGCUUAAGAGCGUUCAGCCAGAUUCUUCCUCUCCCAGACACGGUCAUAAUCGUAUUAUUGCCUACAGUCGACCAGUUUAUUUCUGUUUAUGUUGUGGUCUUAUCUGGCUCUUGGAUUAUGGCAGCAGAAAUCUUACGACAACUAAGUUUAAAUUGUAUGGAAUAACCCUCACCAAUCCAUUGGUGUUCAUAUCAGCCAGGGAUUUAGUUAUCGUGUUUACUCUCUGUUUCCCAGUCGUGUUUUUCGUUGGUCUCCUGCCUCAAGUCAACACAUUUGUCAUGUACCUUUGUGAACAAUUGGAUAUCCAUAUCUUUGGUGGUAAUGCCACGACUAGCCUGCUUGCAGCACUGUACAGCUGUGUCUGUAGCAUUGUGGCUGUUGCCUUACUGUAUGGAUUGUGCUAUGGAGCUUUAAAGGAUUCUUGGGACGGCCAGCAUAUCCCAGUACUCUUCUCCGUUUUUUGUGGUUUGUUAGUGGCCGUAUCCUAUCAUCUCAGCCGACAGAGCAGUGAUCCAUCAGUACUUUUCUCUCUGGUGCAAUCUAAGAUUUUUCCAAAAACAGAAGAGAAGAAUCCAGAAGACCCUUUGUCUGAAGUAAAAGAUCCAUUGCCUGAAAAACUUAGAAAUUCUGUUAGUGACCGUCUGCAGUCUGACCUAGUCGUGUGCGUUGUAAUCGGUGUGCUGUAUUUUGCUAUUCAUGUGAGCACAGUGUUUACGGUUUUGCAGCCCGCACUCAGGUAUGUGUUGUAUGCACUGGUCGGCUUUGUGGGGUUUGUGGCCCAUUAUGUGCUGCCUCAAGUUAGAAAACAGCUACCCUGGCACUGUUUCUCUCAUCCUCUGCUGAAGACAGUAGAGUAUAAGCAAUAUGAAGUUCGAAAUGAAGCUACCAUGAUGUGGUUUGAGAAACUUCACGUGUGGCUUCUUUUUGUGGAGAAGAAUGUUAUCUAUCCCUUGGUUGUUCUCAAUGAACUGAGUAGCAGUGCAGAGACAAUUGCCAGCCCGAAGAAACUGGAUACAGAACUAGGUGCUUUGAUGAUCACCAUUGCUGGUUUGAAGUUGCUGCGCUCCUCCUUCAGCAGCCCUACCUACCAGUACGUCACAGUCAUCUUUACUGUGCUCUUCUUCAAGUUUGACUAUGAAGCUUUUUCAGAGACCAUGCUAUUAGAUCUCUUCUUCAUGUCCAUACUCUUCAACAAGCUUCGAGAACUCCUUUACAAGUUGCAGUUCGUGUAUACCUACAUCGCCCCAUGGCAGAUCACGUGGGGUUCUGCUUUCCAUGCCUUCGCACAGCCUUUCGCAGUGCCCCAUUCAGCCAUGCUGUUUAUUCAGGCUGCUGUCUCAGCCAUCUUCUCCACUCCACUGAACCCCUUCCUGGGAAGUGCAAUAUUCAUCACUUCAUAUGUCCGACCAGUGAAAUUCUGGGAGAGAGACUAUAACACGAAACGAGUGGAUCAUUCAAAUACAAGAUUGGCUUCCCAACUUGAUAGAAACCCAGGGUCAGAUGACAACAAUCUGAAUUCCAUCUUCUAUGAACAUUUAACCCGAUCCCUACAACACAGUCUGUGUGGAGACUUGCUGCUGGGACGGUGGGGCAACUACAGCACAGGAGACUGCUUCAUCCUGGCCUCCGACUAUCUCAAUGCCUUGGUGCACCUGAUAGAGAUAGGCAACGGUCUGGUCACCUUCCAGCUUCGGGGGCUGGAAUUCAGAGGCACCUACUGUCAACAACGGGAAGUGGAGGCCAUUACCGAAGGUGUAGAGGAAGAUGAAGGAUUUUGCUGUUGUGAACCUGGCCAUAUUCCUCAUGUGCUUUCAUUUAAUGCUGCAUUUAGCCAGCGCUGGCUAGCCUGGGAAGUAAUUGUCACCAAAUAUAUUCUAGAGGGCUAUAGCAUCACUGAUAACAGUGCUGCUUCUAUGCUGCAAGUCUUUGAUCUUCGGAAAGUACUCACCACUUACUAUGUCAAGGGUAUAAUUUAUUACGUUACAACCUCCUCCAAAUUAGAAGAGUGGCUAGCUAAUGAGACCAUGCAGGAAGGACUACGUCUGUGUGCAGAUCGGAAUUACGUCGAUGUAGAUCCGACAUUUAAUCCGAACAUUGAUGAAGACUAUGACCAUCGACUCGCAGGCAUAUCCAGGGAGAGUUUCUGUGUGAUUUACCUCAACUGGAUUGAGUAUUGUUCUUCCCGAAGGGCAAAGCCACUGGACGUGGACAAGGAUUCGUCCCUGGUGACUCUUUGUUAUGGACUUUGUGUUCUUGGACGGAGAGCUUUGGGGACUGCAUCUCACCAUAUGUCCAGUAAUUUAGAGUCAUUCCUCUAUGGAUUGCAUGCCCUAUUUAAGGGAGAUUUCCGUAUUUCUUCAAUUCGAGAUGAAUGGAUCUUUGCUGACAUGGAAUUGCUAAGAAAAGUAGUAGUUCCUGGAAUCCGUAUGUCCAUUAAACUUCACCAGGAUCAUUUCACUUCUCCAGAUGAAUAUGAUGACCCCACUGUGCUCUACGAAGCCAUUGUGUCUCAUGAAAAAAACCUCGUGAUAGCCCACGAAGGGGACCCUGCGUGGCGGAGUGCGGUCCUGGCCAACUCUCCCUCCUUGCUCGCUCUGCGACAUGUCAUGGACGAUGGCACCAAUGAAUACAAAAUCAUCAUGCUCAACAGACGCUACCUGAGCUUCAGGGUCAUCAGAGUGAACAAGGAAUGUGUCCGAGGUCUUUGGGCAGGACAACAACAGGAGCUUGUUUUUCUGCGUAAUCGUAACCCGGAGAGAGGUAGCAUCCAGAAUGCCAAGCAAGCUCUAAGAAACAUGAUAAAUUCAUCCUGUGAUCAACCUAUUGGCUACCCGAUCUUUGUUUCGCCACUGACAACUUCUUACUCUGACAGCCAUGAACAGCUUAAAGAGAUUCUUGGGGGACCUAUCAGUUUGAGAAAUAUCAGAAACUUCAUCGUGUCAACAUGGCACAGGCUAAGGAAAGGCUGUGGAGCUGGAUGUAACAGUGGUGGCAACAUUGAAGAUUCGGAUGCCGGAGGUGGAAUUUCCGGUGCUGGUAACAGUGCAACAAGCACCGGUGAUCCCCACAGCAACGCGCCCCAGGGAAACACUGCAAAUCCUGGGCAGGGAUCAGGAACAGGGCUCCAUCCACCAGUCACAUCCUACCCUCCUGCACUAGGCACCAGCCACAGCGCUCACUCGGUGCAGUCCAGUCUGGUCAGACAGUGCCCUGCUCGCGCCUCUGGAGCCAGCCAGUCUUCCUACUGCUACAGCAGCCGCCACUCCUCUCUCCGCGUGUCCAGCACAGGGUUUGGGCCUUGUCGGCGCUCUUCCACCAGUCAGAUAUCCCUUCGCAAUUUGCCGUCAUCCAUCCAGUCCCGCCUCUCCAUGGUGAACCAGAUGGAACUCCCCGGGCAAAGUGGCCUGGCCAGUGUGCAGCAUGGUCUGCCUUCUUCCAGCAGCUCCAGCCAAAGCAUCCCUGCCUGCAAACAUCACACCCUCGUGGGCUUUCUUGGGACAGAGGGAGGUCAGAGCAGUGCCACUGACUCCCAGCCGGGCAACACUUUAUUAAGUCCUACAACUAAUUCGCAUGCCAGAAAGGGGGAGGUGAUCUACAGAGUCCAGAUUGUGGAUCCCAGUCAAAUUCUGGAAGGGAUCAACCUGUCAAAAAGGAAAGAGUUGCAGUGGCCUGAUGAGGGGAUCCGGUUAAAAGCCGGAAAGAACAGCUGGAAAGACUGGAGUCCCCAGGAGGGCAUGGAAGGCCACGUGAUUCACCGAUGGGUGCCUUGCAGCAGAGACCCAGGCACUAGAUCCCACAUCGACAAGGCAGUGCUUCUGGUCCAGAUUGACGAUAAAUAUGUGACUGUAAUUGAAACUGGGGUGUUGGAACUCGGGGCUGAAGUGUGAGCCAGUGUUCUAUAGCUGCGUUUCUUCUGCCUCUCCGAUCCAAGUGUUGGAGAAGGAGGGGAGCCAGCAGAAGGUGCCUGCAGGCAUCACUUGGUUCCUGUGUGGGACAGACUUGAAAACAGAGUGGGCUUCAUUAAGCUCCUCUCCUUCACCCUUCACCUUGACUUCUGUCACUAUUCCCAUCCUCAAAAAAAGUGGAGAUACUUUUUUAGGUUAGCUGCGAAGAAGACAUUCUGCAUGAAGGAUGAAGUUCAGUCAAAGUAUAUCCUUAUGAAAAGUUUUUCCUAUGUAUUGCCUAUGCUUUAAAUCAACAGUCUUCAUUUCUAAACUAUGACUCAUAUUUUUCGAAUUUAUUUGCCAAAAAUAAUUGCCAUGUUUUGUCAUAGAACAUGAAAUUCAUUUACCUUGAUUUUGAAAAUCCAGUGUAGAAACGUUCAGCUUGACACAGAGCAGUGUGAAAGUGUAAUGUACAGUAAAAGAGACUAUGAACACACAGAGGUUUAUCUUAUUCCUUGAGCGGUAAAAACUUUACUGAAAAAAAAAAACUGCACUAAUUUUUUACAACGAUGCACUAAAGUCUGAAAUUUCUCAGAACAUUUAUUUAUAUAUGAGAAUAAAGAACCAUUAUUUAAAUUGCCUUUGGGAUUAACCCCACCCCUUUCCUUAAAAACAUAGGAAGCAAGAACUGUGCUGUUCAUUUUUCUGUUAGUAAUCUACUUCAUGCCAGUACCUUGGAGGUGUUCUUCAAAGCGAACAUGAACUCUCAAGACAUGGACAGCUUCAUCCCUGACGUUUCCCAGAGCCAGUGGUCAGUGGCUCGGUCAUGUGGACACUACUGCCAGCUACCGUGUCCACAUUUCAGUUGAGCUCAACGCAGCAUGUUCCUGUGUGCCCUGCUUCUCUCCGCAAGGCUCAGCUGUGUUGGUGUCUGUCCUGGGAAGAAAAUGCUUUUGCUCUUCAGAGAAGAUGGUGAACAUCCAGGUGUCUAAAGAAAGGAUAAAGUGCUUUUUACGUAAGAGUUCUGAGCUCCUGAAGUUACUCGUAAUCAGUUCAGUUAACCAAGUAAAAUUUUUUCAAGCCAA